AUGAAGCUCCCGCUGGUCUCGACGAUGCUCAGCCUUGCGCUGACAGCCUCUACCGUUGUCGUCCACGCAUACCCAUCCAUCCCCUCUGAACUCGAUGGGGAAUCGAUUGCCCGUAUCAGCAAGCUCUCUCGAGAGGAAAGGGUCAAGUUUGCUGAAUAUCUCCUCGAAGUUCGCACUGCCUAUGAAUACGAGAAGCAGCAGCUUGCCCGCCGAGAUGGUCUUCAUCGACGUGCUUCUCCUUCGGGAUCUUUCGCGCCCGCCAACAUGCCUUGCCCCAACACCACUUCACAGCAAGGUCCUGGCUUCAUUCGGCCCGCCCACACCAAGCAACUCUCAACCGCGGAGGAAGAGUACAUCACUCGUCGUCGAACUAGCACCAGGGAUGGCUGGGCACAAUGGCUAAUUAAUUCGGCCAAGCUCGACAGUGUUCUCCCAGGCGGUGCUUCCAAUUACACCUCAUCGGAAGACAGGUUGCCCAGGCUUGGGUUUGCUUUGAGCGGUGGUGGCCUGCGUGCUAUGCUCGUCGGUUCGGGAACACUGCAAGGCUUUGACGGCAGGAACGAGACCUCUAACCAGCGAGGUACCGGUGGAUUGUUGCAAUUGGCAGAGUACAUUGCUGGACUCUCGGGCGGAUCUUGGGCUACAUCCUCCUUGUCCAUGAACAACUGGGCCACCACUCAGUCUCUCAAAGACAACGUUUGGAACCUCGCAUCAAAUCUUAUCGUCCCUAGUGACGGCAAAGUCUCGUUCUACGCAUCCAUUGUCGCGGCUGUGGCAGGCAAGCGUACUGAAGGCUACCAGACCAGUCUCACCGACUACUUUGGUCUCUCGAUUGCAGACAAAAUCCUCAAUGGCUCCACCUACGGCAACAAGUUCAGUGUUGAAUGGAGUGAUGUCAAAAACACUUCCAGCUUCACUGAUGCUUCCAUGCCAUUCCCCAUCAUCAUCGCCGAUGAGAGGGAGCCUGGAGAGCUAAUCAUUCCUCGCAACACGACCAUCUGGGAGUUCAACCCGUACGAGUUUGGUUCCUGGAACCCGAAUGUCUCGGCUUUCAUCCCCAUCGAGAUUCUGGGGUCCAGCCUGGACAAUGGUAGGAGUGUCUUACCUGACGAACAGUGUGUAGGUGGAUAUCAGACGGUGGCUUGGGUCACGGGUACAUCAGCUACCCUAUUCUCGAGUCUGUACUUGACUUUGAUUACCAACUCAGCGGACAGCCUCAUCGUUGAUGCACUCAAGGAGAUUGCACAGGCUGUUUCAAACGAGCAGAAUGAUGUCUCUCUCGUUCCAAACCCCUUCUACGGCUACACUGGUAACGGAAAUGUCGAAGUUACCAACCUUCGUAACAUUACCCUCGUCGAUGGAGGUCUUGACAACGAGAACGUUCCACUUUGGCCACUGAUCGAGCCAGCACGAGACAUGGACGCAAUCAUCAGCAUCGACAGCUCUGCCGACGUCACCAACUGGCCCAAUGCUUCCGCCCUCUACCAGACAUCACUCCUGAUCAAUCGCGGUCUCAACACCCGUCCUGUCUUCUACGGCUGCAACGCAAACACCAACGUCACCAACGCCGACUCUGCUUUCAACAAUACGAAAACGCCUGUAAUCAUCUACGUGCCCUCGUACCCCUACUUGGCGCUCGCUAAUACGUCGACCUUCAAACUCGACUACUCGGAUCGUCGGGCUCAAGGGGUCAUUGACAACUCCGUUGACGUAGCUACGCUGGGUGGAAGGGAUAAUCAGUGGCCUACCUGUUUAGCUUGUGCUCUGAUGCAGAGGGGUUUUGAAAGGAGUAACACUCCCCGGCCCGAGGUAUGCACACAGUGUAUGAACAAAUGGUGUUGGGAUGGAGUAACUAACACGACCAGCCCAAGUUUGGCGUACUCGCCGUCAAUCGGUGUGCCAGAGUUCGUGACGAGUAAUGGGACUCUGCAGCAGACACCGCCAUAUACGGGUGGUAACGGAUCGAACUCGCAGGCUGGUGAUGCUAGCUCGCAGUCUGAUUCGUCCAGCAAUGCGGCGUUGGCGGGGCUGAAGGCUUCGACUCAGAUUGCAGGCUUGUGGGGGAUGACUGGCCUUCUUGCUGCUGGCUUGGCUCUCUUGUAA